GGAUUUGGGCUGGGGGCGGGGCCUGCGGCGCAGCGUGCCUGCUGAUUGCCCGAGCGCCGCUGCCAAUCUCGCAGUAUCGCCCGGUUAACCAGUGCGCUGGCGAGACGCGCUCAGAUAUACUGAGUGAGCCCGGAGCAGCAGCCUCAGACCCUGACGGUGCAGCAGCCCGCAGCCUCAGUCCGGGAGUCCCAGCCGCUUUCAAUGGAGGAGAAGUCCGGCCAGCCACAGCCUCAGCACCAUCACAGCCACCACCAUCCGCACCAUCAUCCCCAGCAGCAGCCGCCGCAGCACCACCACCAUUAUUAUUUCUACAACCACAGUCACAACCACCAUCACCACCACCAUCACCAGCAACCUCACCAGUACCUGCAGCAUGGAGCCGAGGGCAGCCCCAAGGCCCAACCAAAGCCGCUGAAACAUGAGCAGAAACACGCCCUCCAGCAGCACCAGGAAACGCCAAAGAAGAAAACAGGCUAUAGUGAACUAAAUGGUAAUGCUGGAGAAAGAGAGCUAUCUUUAAAGAGCCUGGGCUCUGAUGAAGCUACCAAUCCGAUUUCCAGGGUCCUCAAUGGCAACCAACAAGCUGUAGACACUAAUCUGAAACAGACUGUAAAGGCCAGCACCUUUGGGAAGGCAGGAAUUAAGACCAGGAAUUUCAUUCAAAAAAACAAUAUGGACAAAAAGAAUGGAAAAUCCUACGAAAAUAAGUCUGGAGAGACCCUAUCUAUAGACAAGACCGAUACAGUAGUUAUUCCAAACGGUGUUGUAACAAAUAAUUCUGGCUAUAUUACUAAUGGUUAUAUUGGCAAAGGAGCAGAUAAUGAUGGUAGUGGAUCUGAAAGUGGAUAUACCACUCCUAAAAAAAGGAAAGCUAGGCGCAAUAGUGCCAAGGGUUGUGAAAACCUUAAUUUAGUACAGGACAAAAUAAUGCAAGAGACCAGCAUCCCAGCUUUGAAACAGGGACUUGAAACUUUCAAGCCUGACUGUAAUGAACAAAAGGGAAACCGAGUAGAUGGUUCAAAGCCCAUUUGGAAGUAUGAAACUGGGCCUGGUGGAACAAGUCGAGGGAAACCUGCUGCGGGUGAUAUGCUACGGAAGAGCUCUGAUAUGAAACCUGGUAUGAGCAGCAAAAAAUUUGAUGAUCGACCCAAAGGAAAGCAUGCUUCUGCUGUUUCCUCCAAAGAGGACUCUUGGACCUUGUUUAAACCACCCCCAGUUUUUCCAGUGGACAACAGCAGUGCUAAAAUAGUUCCUAAAAUAAGUUAUGCAAGCAAAGUUAAGGAGAACCUCAACAAAACUGUACAAAACUCUUCUGUGUCACCAUCUUCAUCUUCAUCAUCUUCAUCAUCUGGAGAACCUCAGACUCAGUCUUCAAAUCGGUUAUCCCAGGUCCCUAUGUCAGCACUGAAAUCUGUUACUUCAGCCAGCUUUUCUAAUGGGCCUGUUUUAGCAGGGACUGAUGCAAGUGUGUAUUCUCCAGGGGGUCAGCCACUGUUAACUACUGCUGCUAAUAAUCUAACACCCAUCUCUUCUGGGACUGAUUCAGUUCUUCAGGACAUGAGUUUGACUUCAGCAGCUGUUGAUCAAAUUAAGUCUAGCCUUUUUAUCUACCCUUCAAAUAUGCAAACUGUGUUGUUGAGCACAUCACAAGUGGAUCUACCCUCUCAGACAGAUCAACAAAACCUGGGGGACAUCUUCCAGAAUCAGUGGGGUUUAUCAUUUAUAAAUGAACCCAGUGCUGGCCCUGAGACUGUUACUGGAAAGUCAUCAGAUCAUAAAGUAAUGGAGGUGACAUUUCAAGGGGAAUAUCCUGCCACUUUGGUUUCACAGGGUACUGAACUAAUCCCCUCAGGAACUGAGCAUCCUGUGUUUCCCAAGGCUUAUGAGCUGGAAAAACGGACUAGUCCUCAAGUAAUCAGUAACAUUCUAAAACCUGGGACUAGUGAGAGUGGAGCCUUAUCCUUGGAAUCCAGUCAUUUAGGUGACCUGCAAAAAGCAGACACCAGUAGUCAAGGUGCUUUAGUGUUUCUCUCCAAGGACUAUGAUACAGAAAAUCAAAGUCCUCUGGCCUCCCCUACGAACACUUUGUUAGGCUCUGCCAAAGAACAAAGAUAUCAGAGAGGCCUAGAAAGGAAUGAUAGCUGGGGUUCUUUUGACCUGAGGGCUGCUAUUGUAUAUCACACUAAAGAAAUGGAAUCUGUUUGGAAUUUGCAGAAGCAAGAUCCUGAAAGGAUAAUCACUUACAAUGAAGCCAUGGAUAGUCCAGAUCAGUGAAGGACCAGACUGCCUAUUUGUAACCUUUAUGCAGCAUUAGAGCCACCACCGUUCAUGGGGGACUCAAGGCUUUUAUGCUCCUAGAUCUUCAAUGCAGCAGAGGAACCAUAAGUAGAAUCACAGGAUAAUAUAUACAAAUAUAUAUAUAUACAUACAUAUAUAUAUAUAUAUAUAGUUAUUUAAAGAAAAGGCAACUGAAAGUAAUUAGACUUCUUAAGGAAUCAAAUUUAUUUCAAGAGACUACACAUGGUUAUUUAAUCUCCGGUACUGAAUAGUUUGUGUCCCCCCCCCCCCUUCUUUUUUGUUAGUUUUUGUUUUUAAGUGUGAAUGCAACUGAUUAAUGAAUACAGACUUAAUAAGUGUGGUUCUAAGUUCCUGCUGUCAUCAAUUUGGGCAACAAUGAUCCACUAGAAAGGCAAAUCCACUCUAUCUUGUUCUGUGACUAAAGUGAUACACUAAUCACUGGGAACCCAGAAUGAUUCAGCAUUUCCCCUACUCUUCUCUUGAUCUUUUGGUUUUACUUUGAGUCCUACAAGAAUGCUGGAUAAUUGCCUUGAAGUUUGCAGGGGUGUAUUCUUUUUUUAAGCAAAUAUAAUUUGCAUGUCUUGCCAGGAGUUAAGUAGCCUCUGUAGGGUGAGGGGAAAUAACUUCUUUCAUUUUAAUUUUUUUGUGGGGUGGGCACGGGAGGGCUAAAGUUCUACAGUUCUGAAACAGUUGGCAUAUAGUUCACUUAGCUUUGGUUACAUGUUGGAAUUUGACAAGUGAAAAAUCCAUGGAUGUCAAAGAAAAGUUACAGAACAAAAUUGGCUUUAGAUAUUUAAUAUGGAAAAAUACGCUGUGCCCAUAUUAUAAUCUAUUUGUAUAAGUGGGAGCAAAAAUAUAUUCUGCUUUUCAACUGUAGGUGCUCCAGACUUGCUCUGUCACUAACACUAAAUGUGCUGUUUUCCUUGUUUUUUCACCACACAACUAAAGUCAAAACUUCUGUACCUUUCUGUAAAUUCUUUGUUUUCCAUAUAUAAAAGGGGAUGAUAAAAGUUCAUGAAAGCUAUGAAACUUCAUGGUUUUAGCCAGUGAGGAGGUAAUGAACCCUGCCUAUAGAAGGUGUUUUUCAUGCAAACUAUACUUCUGAGCUUAUUAGCUUAUUAUAUCUUAAUAAAUAUAUUUUAUUACUAGAGCAAAAUGGAUUUUUAAAGAAAAAUAAUGUGAAAUUCUGGAAAUUUUCAUUUGGGCAGAGAAGAGCAUUAGCCCUGUCUUAUUUACCAUCCUGUUGCACUGCAGCUUGUAUAUAGCAUGCUAAAAUAAAGUGUGUGUAGAAAAUGAGGGUCCAAUUUAAGAUUGGGUGAUGUUAGUGGCAUAAAAACAAGUUCUCUGGCCUGGCAUUGCAUCACAUCACACACACACACACACACACAGAAAUUAGUAUAUCCAUGUAUGUCAAAUACAGGUUAAGACAGCAGGGCAAAUAUAUAUAGAGAUUUAUAGUCUUCUGAUAAAUGUAGACUCUUCUGGGGUUAGUUAGGGGAGAAAGUAACUACUUUUGGCUCUACCCCUUUGCUUAAGCAAUGUCCAGUUUUGAGCGACUGUAGUAUGGAUGAGUUACCUUGUUUUGAUUAUUUGAGGCUUUUAAUAAGAGGUUUGUGAAAGAAGCUGUUGGACUCAGCUUAGAGUAGAAAAUAUCUUUAUAGUUUGGAUUUUUGCCCUGCUUAGAUUUUAAAAGUAUGAGCAUGGAUUGCCAAUUCCACUUGAUGUAAACAAAACUUUUUAUACAUAAUAUAUAUAUAUAUAUAUAAUAACUUAUUGUAUCAGUCCAGGUUCAGAAACUUGUGGUAGGCCAGUUCCAGAUAGUUUCAUUUCACCUGUAAACUGUAUCACUUUUACUGAUAUUGUAAUUUUCAAAUGUAUAAUAUGUUUACAGAUGUGCCCUGCAUUUAGUCCGCCUUGUUCCUAUUUUGAUUUUUGUUGAGUCUCCUGCCUGCUUGCCAAAAGCUAGGAUGCUUCAGGCCCAUGUACAACUGAAAGCAGAGGCAUCCUUGAGCUUUAAAGCAUUGAACAAACUGGAAAAUGCAACAUACCAUAUCCUGAAGUGAAACCAGUGUGGUUUUUUUUUGUGUGUGUGUUUUUUUUUUUUUUUUAAUAAAAAUUUUCAAAAAGUUAAAAAAAAGAUAAAAGGUUGAUUAAAGGGAAAAAAAGACUCCAGUUUGUUUUAGAGGUUUUAAAGUUCGGCUGUGUGUUCAAUUGCCUUGUGUAACCACUUGUCGCCUUAGGGCCAGAUACCCCUAUCCAUCCUCACACUUCCUCCCACUUCUCUUUUUUUUUUUUUUUUUUUUAAUGUCCAUUUUGCUUGCCUGAAAAUUUAAGCUCUUCUGUCUCACAACUCACAUGAAACUUUAUGGGUUUGUGAUAUACAGAGGCUAAAUAAAUAUAUACUUAAGAGGAAACCCUCCCCCCAUUGGACUUUUUAAUUUAAAAAUAACGUGAGAGCUGUCAUGACUUUCCCACUUCCCUUUCAUAUCCCUCAGGCCUCCCAUGUUUAGAGAAGCCAAAAAGAAGAAUGUAUUUCCUUCUCUGUUUGUCCAAAGGUUUUUGAGAGUCUCACUAAAUGAAACAAUGCAACAUUUCACUUCUGAUUUCUUACUGAAAUUCCCUUGAUUAUAUGAUUAGAGGUAUAUAUAGUUAGGGUUGUCUCAACCUUCUAGGAACUCUAGUGCUCCAUCAACUGUCAGUAUUUUUUUUUUUUUUUUUUUUUUUUUUUUGGCAUUGGGUUAAUGAACUUAAUUGCCUAGGAACAAGCAGGACAAUUUUCCUUUGUGCUGUUUGGUAACAACUCUUGUUUCAAUCUUUCUCCUUAGGUCCUUACACAAUUCCUUACAGAGCACUUAUUAAAAACAAAUCUUAAGAGCUCAUCUGUUUUCUGAUUAUUUCUGUGUAAACACCUAAACAGCUGUGAUUAAUUUAGCACAUUUUAGUAACAAUGUGUUAUUGUUUGGUAUAAGAAUUUUUCUUCAACUCAGAGUAUUAGUACUGUAGCAUAAACCAAAUACAGUCUAGAGGGCAGUUUUAAUAUCCCUCCAUUACAAAGACUGAAAAACGUGUGCAUGUGUGUGUAUGCAUUGAGUGCUUGUGUGAGAAGGAAAGGAAAUAUAAAAAUUACUAAGUGGGUGUGUGUAAGACAUUAGUAUUCAGAGAAUGAAUUUUUAUUUAUUUUGUGCCAUUUGUUUUCAUUACACAGAAUAAAGUCAGGUGGUUUUAACCCUUAAAAAUAGUAGUAUUUGAAAAGUGGCACUAAGAAUGAAACCAUGACCUAUUUUUUUAAUAGCUAUGAAGAUACUAAUUAUGAGUGAAGAUUUCUUUUUAAAGCUGUCUUAUUUGUAGGCUUCUGUGUCACAUGCUACUCUUUUAGAUACUCUGAAUAAUUCCCCUCCCUACAAAAGACAGGGUGCAUUUAUCUUUCCUUUAUUCACCCUUCACUUUGCUGAACUGAAGUUAAUUGCAUAGCCUUUCCACUGAUGACCAUAGUGAGCUUUCACAAAAAUUAAGUGUAUUUACGGCAUUUAUAGUAUUUCUAUACCAUUAGGAGGAAAUAGACAACUAGGGAUUUGAUAAUGCCAGCUUAUUUUUUUUCUUGAGAUAAGUGGAGAAUUUCUCCCAUUUUGGAAUUUACUGUUCAGUCAUCUGCUUUUACCAGUCAUUACUGAGAAUCUGCAAAAUCUUAAUAAGGAGGCAAUGUUGCAUUUUCCAAAUAACAGCUUCUAGUAAAAAUAUGGUAAACCCUAGUAUGAAUGUUGUCCACAAUACAAGUUUUUUUUUUUUUUUUUUUUAACAAGACAUUAUAAUAGCAGCAGUAGUUUCAUACUUGGUCAUUAGGCUUCUUGCUUAGCCCAAUCAGAUACUUGAUGGUUUGUGUAAACCCUUUUAAACACAAAGCUAGUACGUGUGAAAUUGUAUGUCAUAUACCAAAUGGCCACAGGCAAGGAAAUCUAGAAGAGGACUUAAUUUUAAAUGACACAGAAAGUGGUGGGAGGCAUUUUUUAAGACUUCACUUUGAAUUAAAAGCCCAGUUUCCAAGGAUUAUGGCUAGCUUUCCUUUGAGUCAUAUCCUGAAAUAACAUCCUUGUAUACUUAUGCUAAUUGCAAAACUAGUGGGACAAAUACUAGUGGGACAAGUUCUUAUGACCAGGUCUUUUGAUGGUUAUACCAGUUGAGAUUGAUUCUGAAAGGUCAGUGUCUUUUAAUAGUUUACAUUGAUUUUGAGAAGCAGGAUUUGCACACACACACACCCCGCCCCCUACACUCACCAUACCCUCUGCCCAAAAGUAUUGGUGUUUGUUUAAUAGCAAGAGUAUAAGAUUAGCAAUAUAAUAGGUGGUCUAAAUUUGCAGACCUAGGUUAUUCUUAGUGUUGAUUUUUUUAAAUUCUAAUUAAUAGCACCAGGAUUAUGCUGAAAAAAGAUAAGUUUCUGCUUUGAGUACCAUAAAAAUUGUUUUCAUACAUGUUAAACUGUUCAAGUGUGAGAGAAUCAGGACCACCCUAAGCUGGUUUAAGGAAUCAUUCAUUCAAACACUGCUGUACUGAAUUUUAAAUUUCAUAUCCUUGCCACUAAAGAAAUAUCACCCAUUGAAGUGUGAAUAAUGGUAUAUUGCUUUUACAUUUCUGGGAGUGUCAAAUAGCAGUUAUGGGCUAGAAACUUAUGGAACAGUUCAUCCUCAUGUGAUGCGGUUGCUGAUUCAGACUCCCCUGUUUUAUAACACUUAUGUCCAGAGUUCUAAAGCCAUUUUAUAGUAUUGCAGUAUCCCUUUUUCUACUGCCUUAUUAAAAAAAAAAAAGCUACAAAUAUUAUUUUCUAGUUCAGUUUUGCUUUUAUUUAUAUAUCAAAGUUUUACUCUGUAGGUCACCAAACUAACUUGAGGUAAAUUAUAUCUAGCUUUCCAUGUACCCUUUUUUCCUCAGGUGCUAAAAAAGGCUCCAAAAAUGGAUACUGCUUAUCUGCUUUAUUCUUAAAUAUUCUUUUGCUAGAUGUAAAGAUUUGGUGUUAACAAAAAUGGUUUUAAUAUGUAAAUAUGAAUGAAUGCCUUUGCCUUUGUUUUAUUUGUCCUCUGUGAAGGAGGAUCCUUUCAUGAUCUUGAAUACAUUUCAUUAGGUAUUGCAUUUUUAGAGUGAUUAUACAACUUUUGUUCUGUCUUGGAUUAAUCCUGCUGCUGCUAUGAGAAACUGAAAAUCAAGAAUGUGAUGCACUUUUUACAUUACUAUAUUCCAUACUUUAUAGGUUGCUUUGAUAUCUUUCCUAUAGCACAGCCACUAAUAAAAAUGAAUUAAAUUUUCUUUGGGAGGGAAUCAGUAAAAAUAACUACUUAGGUCUUUAGCCUAUGAAGGCUAACUUGAGAAAUAAUUUUUUUUGUUAAUAUUAUGCUUUCAGGCCUUAAAUGUCUUCUACUACUGAAUAUCUUAGUUUUGUUUCUAUUAUUUCCUCUCUGCAUCAAAACGGGGAAUUGGGAAGAAUGGCUUAAAGUAUUGAUGGUUUGUUGCUGAUCUAUCUUUUUUAGAAGGUAAACAUUUAACCUACAGUAUAAACUGGGGGCUUUGUAUACAGAGAAGAAACAUGUUGCCCUGAGCAUUUAGAUUUAAUCAAAAUUCUGAUCAUUCUGCUUCUCUUUUUACUUAGCAAAGUUAAGUAGGAAUACCACUUGACAAGAGGAAAAGUCAUUUAUCAAGCCCAUACCCAAACUUGAAGGAAAUUGAACCCAAAAUGGAAGACAACACCAAAUGGGGUGGAGGAAUAUGAGAAAGAUGUGGUCCAAAGCUAUCUGGUUAUAUUUUGAUGUUGCCAGUGUUGCAAAGCCAAAACUUUGAUUUGCUUAUUUAAUGCUUGUUGGCCAGAAAUCUAUUUUUAUAUUAAUGUGCCUUGCAUGUAUAUUAAAAAAAAAAAAAAAAAAGGAAAGGCCAUGUAGUAAUGCCUGAGAUAGUUGAUGGUUCUUACCACCUCACUAACUUUUAUGCAGUAUGAAAUGCUCAUUCUAUCGCCAACUGGUGCUCUCUGUUUAAAGUUAUAGAUCUUGUCACAAACUGGAACUAUUUUAUAAACUGGGAGUGUUACUUUAUUUUUUGGAUGUUGACUUUUUUGUUACUCUGUUAGUGGCUGUUCUUUAGUGGGAAGUAGUAAUAAACGGAUUCUUCAUUCCCUUUUCCUCUUUUUCAGCACCUUUUUCAAGUAAUGUGAUGACACCAUUUCUUGUGUGCUCUGAAAAAAGUUUCAGCUUGCUGUCUCCUUUAGUUUUUUGUCUUUUUUUUUUAAGUGUUAUAAGAUGCAUUGUUUGCAAAAUUUAGGGAGGUAAUGGAGUCUGAUUUGGAAUUCUGUGUGAGCUAUAUGAUCCAAGUUAUUGGCUCUUUCCAAUUAAAAUUUUUUUAUUGUUAAAGCACCUUGCUUAGAAAGUUUUAAAUAUUUAUGUCUGCAACAAUUUAUGUUUGCAACAAUUGUCUAAAAUAAUGAAUUGUGCAAUUUUUGUCAUUAAAAGAAUCUGAACUCUCCCUAAUGUGACUUGUUAGUUUUCUCUGUAUUUCCUGCCAGUGUAAAUGUGAAAAGCUUUGCUUGCAUUACGUUUUAGAAAUGCAUUUUGCACACUCAAUUUUGCUGAAGCUCCAUGAAAAGGUUAGGUUAAAGUAGAUGAAUAAAGCUAUGCAUAUAUUUUGAAAAUUUAAUUUGUGUGUCAUUACCAAAAGUGACUUAUUACUUUACUAUUUCUGUACCAUCUUUUGAAACAUGGCUCAAAACUUACUGUUCUGGACUAUAGCUCAUCAGUGCAACUAAAAACUGGUACCAAUAAAUUUAGUUUAAAGGAAAAAAAUUGUAUCUCUUAAAGGGCUUUUCUUGAAAUAGGGCAGUUUUACAGCUUUACAGACCAUUGGAUGCUCUUCCUCAAUGAAAUUUUGAUUAUAAAUAGAAAUGUGAGGGAAAUAAUUCAAACAAAUGAACCUUUGCCACAUGGAGUUCUGUGACAUUUUUUUAACUAGGACUAGAGGUAGGGUAACCUUUUUACUUUAGCAUAAAUCUGGUUUACUGAAUGACUUCAGACUAGAAUCACUCAGUUUAAAUAAAGAUCAAAGCACAGGUUGUUUUAAAGAUAGUGUAUGUCUUAUAGCCCAAGGUAAUUAGAGCAAGUUUAGAGAUAGGACAUAUUUUGAUUAAAUUGCUGCAUUCUGCAUGUACUAAAAAUUUUAUUUCAUUUGUGUGUGUACUUAAAAGAUUGUGUAGAAGUACUAGCCAGAUUUUGUCAAGUCAUCCUUUAAAAGAUUAUUUUGUAAUGUCUUCAGGACCUUUGUAAAAGAGGCUAAUAAGUUUUAAGUAGACAGUUAAUGCCAAUGGUAUUUUCCCCUGCUUUUAGGUUUUUUUAACUUUCUGUUUUAUAUUGAUUGGCUGUACUCUUCUAGUGUACAGAAGAGGGUUACUUUUCUGUCAUCAAGUGUGCGCUUGAUGUACGUUGAAUUUGAGGGUAGUAAAACCCUCCUAAUAUUUUCACUGAAAGUAACAGUUAAAAAUCAAGUCUAUUAGUCAUGAUUUGGAAAGAGGCCCAUGACUGUAAAUGGCAUAAAUGCAGGAAUGUAGCAUCAUAGGUGACUAGCAAGCACCUCAGCAUCUUUUUGCUUAUAUGUUCAAUAUUAGAACAUAUUGGAGGAACAAGGUAAUUUUUGUCUUAUGCACAUUGGCAUCUAGCAACUAAAUUACCUAAUGGGGUGCAGGUGUGAUAAAUUAGUGGACUACACAUGUGAGAGAAUGUUUCUCUCACACUCAAAUACUUUUCAGUAUUUUGCCCCAUCAAAAAUGCCUUCACUAGAGUAAGAACCAGUGGCCAGACAUUUACCCUUUUGCUAACUGCUUAGGUGUUUGUCAUAGUUCUGAUGUCAUGGAUUUUUAGGAAGUGUCAGUUAUGAGAUGAUCUUCCUUUAAAGAUGUCUUCAUGUUCAGUGUUUUAAAAAUAUAAGUUACGGACACCCUACAUCCAUACUCAGAUAAACUUAUUUUAUCAGAAAAAAAAGAGAAAUUUGUAGAUCAAAUUAAGAGACGAUAAGUGUACAUUGUUGAAUAAAAAAAUUUUAAAGUC